GACGUCCGCGAGCUGUUCCGGGGCGGCCACGUGGAUCCGGGAGGGGCGGUGCUCGCCGUCACCCUGGCGCACCUGCGCGAGCCCGAGAGGCAGGCGAGGGGCCGAGGCCCCGGGGUCGACCAGUGGGAGCGCCUGCGGCUCCUGGUGGCGGCAGAGGCUUGCCGGAGGGGCCUCUGCGCUGCGCCAGUGCCAUGGCGCGUGCAGCAGCGGGCCGUGGCCACCGAGUUCUGGCUGCUGGGCCGCCCGGGCGACGCGUGGCUGGCGGACAUGCUGGAGGCGCAGUGCGCAGAGUGGGCGUGA